CGCGCGCGAGACGGCGAGCAUGGGGACGGAUGAUGAGGUGCGAGUGGUGAGCUCGUUAGAAGAGAUAUAUGACGCCGCGUCGCUGGAGACGCACACGCGCGCGCGGUACGCGACGGUGCGCGAUGCGUUCGUGAAGGCGUACGGACGCGAGCCGGACGCGUUCGCGAGGUCGCCGGGACGAGUGAAUUUAAUCGGCGAACACAUCGAUUACGAGGGGUACUCCGUGCUGCCGAUGGCGAUCGGGCUCGACACUAUCGUCGCCAUCUCCGUGAAUGCGAGUUCGGGGAAGAUCGCGGUCGGGAACACGAACGAAAAGUACACGCCGAAGACAUUCGAGAGCUCGCCCGAACAAGACGUGGACGCGGCGUCUUUGCACUGGACGAAUUACGUCAUGUGCGGCUACAAGGGGGUGUUCGAUUUCUUGAAAGAGAGCGAUAAGGCAUCACCCGCCCCCGUUGGGUUGGACAUCAUCGUCGACGGCACGGUACCCACUGGAAGCGGUUUGAGUUCGUCCUCGGCGUUGUGCUGCGCCGUGGCGGUGGCGGUGAUGCACGCGCUAGGAUUGAAUUUCACUCAAGGUGAAAUUGCUGACUUCACGUGCAAGUGCGAACGAUACUCAGGAACGCAGUCGGGGGGUAUGGAUCAAGCUAUUUCCAUCAUGGGCGAAGCUGGUGUGGCAAAAUUGGUCGAUUUCAAUCCCAUAAGCACCAACGACGUCAACCUUCCGGAGGAAGCGGCGUUCAUCAUAGGCAACUGCCUCGCAGUGAGCAACAAAGCGGAGACCGCACACGAGCGCUAUAAUUUGCGCGUCGUAGAGUGCCGUCUUGCGGCGAUUAUUUUAGGUUUAAAGCUAGGUAUGAACGCGGAAGAAGCGUCAAAAAUAGAGACGCUCAAGGAAAUCGAAGACUUUGUCGGCUCCAUGUCUGCCGCUAAGGCUGCGGCCGAGGAACAUUUGCACGAGGGAUACUACGAUGCAAGAGAGAUUGAAGAACUCAUAGGAGUAGAAGCAUUCAUGGACGUCUUCUCUUCACCAGCGUCGAAGUUGGUCUUGAGUCACAACGAGAAGGGAUAUAAGCUUCUGGCGCGGACGUUGCACGUCUACUCCGAGGCCGGUCGUGUGCACUUGUUCGCUGCGGCGUGCGCGAUGAAGGUCGACCCAACGGAGCUGGGCGUGUACAUGAAUGGUAGCCACGAAUCUUGUAGAGCCCUGUACGAGUGCUCUUGCGCGGAGCUGGAUGAACUCGUGGAUGCAUUUAGAGCGGCGGGUGCUCUGGGCGCGCGUCUUACUGGUGCUGGUUGGGGCGGUUGUGCCGUAGCAAUUGUCGCCAAGGAUGCGGUAGAGAGUGUUCUGAAAGCGGUGCACGAGUCUUUCUACUCUUCUCGCAUCGCUGCGGGCCUUAUUUCUGCUGACAAUAUGGCGACGACGCUCUUCGCAACGCUGCCCAGCUCUGGUGCGGCAAUUUUGAAAGGCGUUUCGUUCGCUUAGAUCGGUAUUUGAUACGUGCCGAAC